UUCAUAUGCGGCUUUGAGAUAGCUUGUGUAUUCGCUCGGAUUAUACAAGAAAUAGGGAGUUUUCAUCUGUCUUAUGAUGCCAUGAGCUACCAUGUAGAAAGUUAAUGAUGUGAAGAGUGUUAGUGUGAUUAUUUCUAUGUGAUUUCUGUCCGCAACUGGGAGAGAUCCUCCUUCCUUGGGUUUUGUUUGAAGGGAGAGAUCGGCUUACGGUGAAAACAAGAUGGCGGAUCUCGAAGCUGUGUUGGCCGAUGUUAGCUAUUUGAUGGCUAUGGAGAAGAGCAAAAAUACUCCAGCGGCUCGAGCAAGCAAGAAAAUAAUACUUCCAGACCCAAGUGUCCGAAGUGUCAUGCACAAACAUCUGACGAAGGUUGGAGAAGUAACAUUUGAUAAAAUAUUUGGACAGAAGAUCGGGUAUCUACUGUUCAAAGACUUCUGUGAAAAUGUAUGUGACGAAACGGUCCCCCAGUUGAGGUUCUAUGAAGAGAUUAAACGGUUUGAGAAAUUAGAAUCUGAUGAAGAAAGGAUAAAAUUAGGAAAAGACAUUUACGACCAAUUUAUUAUGAAGGAAUUGUUAUCGCAAUCACAUACCUAUUCGAAAGCAGCUGUGGACCAUGUACAAGAGGCACUAACAGCUGCACAAAGAACUAAAAGUCUAUCAUCAAAUAUUUUUGAGCCCUACAUAGAAGAAAUAUGUAAUUCCUUAAGAUAUCAUAUAUUUGAGAAGUUUUUAGAAAGUGAAAAGUACACAAGAUUUUGUCAAUGGAAAAACCUAGAACUUAAUAUACAGUUAACAAUGAACGACUUCAGUGUACAUAGGAUUAUUGGACGAGGUGGCUUCGGAGAAGUGUAUGGUUGUAGAAAGGCAGAUACAGGCAAAAUGUAUGCAAUGAAAUGCUUGGACAAGAAAAGGAUUAAGAUGAAGCAGGGAGAAACCCUAGCUUUAAACGAGAGGAUUAUGUUAUCUCUAGUCAGCACAGGGCAGGAGGGUAGCCCGUUCAUUGUGUGUAUGACUUAUGCGUUCCAAACCCCGGAGAAGCUGUGUUUUAUCCUUGACCUGAUGAACGGCGGCGACCUUCAUUAUCACUUGUCCCAGCAUGGCGUCUUCUCUGAGAGGGAAGUCCGCUUCUACGCUGCAGAGGUUAUCCUGGGGCUAGAACAUAUGCACAAUCGGUUUGUGGUGUAUCGAGAUUUGAAGCCUGCGAAUAUUUUAUUAGAUGAAAAUGGCCAUGUGAGAAUAUCAGAUUUAGGUUUAGCCUGCGAUUUUUCCAAGAAAAAGCCUCAUGCCAGUGUAGGAACACAUGGUUAUAUGGCUCCUGAGGUCCUAUCCAAGGGAACACCUUAUGAUUCCAGUGCUGACUGGUUUUCCUUAGGGUGCAUGCUGUACAAAUUAUUAAAAGGACAUAGUCCCUUCAGGCAACACAGAACCAAAGACAAACAUGAAAUAGAUAGAAUGACCAUGACUAUGAAUGUUGAGCUGCCUGAUUCCAUGACCUGUGAGAUGAAGGCGCUGUUGGAAGGACUACUACAGCGGAGUGUAGAUGACCGGCUAGGCUGUAUGGGCAGAGGAGCCCAAGAGGUGAAGGAACAUCCAUUUUUCCGAACCAUUGAUUGGACUCAGGUAUAUCUCCAGAAAUAUACCCCGCCUCUCAUACCCCCGCGGGGCGAGGUCAAUGCAGCCGAUGCUUUUGAUAUUGGAUCUUUUGAUGAGGAAGACACAAAAGGCAUUAAAUUAGCCGAAGCUGACCAAGAACUGUACCGGAACUUUCCAUUGGUUGUCUCGGAGAGAUGGCAACAAGAGGUGGCUGAAACCGUAUUCGAGGCUAUUAACACAGAUACAGACAAGCUAGAACAGAAACGCAAGCAAAAACCAAGAAUAGAUGAUGUGGAUGUUGGUCCUACCGACUGUAUAGUGGAGGGAGAAGUACUAAAGCUGGGAGGACCAUUUCUACAAACAUGGCAGAAGAAACACCUCAAAUUGUAUCCUAAUAGAUUAGAAUUUUACAGCAAGAACAAAGAUGGCCAGGUGGUCCGAGGCAAAGGGGUAGAGUUGGUGUCGAUGUUGGACAUCAGAGAAGUGUAUCAAGAAUUUCAGAAGCUGAACAAAACAGAAAACUGUAUAGUUAUAGUACAGAAAAACGACACAAAGCUAGCCAUUACAUCUCCUGACCGGGUACUGAUAAACCAAUGGAAGGAUGAGAUUAUCAGUGGAUAUAAAACCUCUACACAAAUGAUGGCUCAGAUGACAACUAAAGCUAGCAAGAUGUACGGUGCGGCUAUCGCCAAUAGCCCUAGCUCAGAAAACUUCAAACCCCCUCUAGAACAUAGAAACAGUAAUGGAAGCUAGGCUAAAACCCAUUUAGUCAGAAUUAUCGUGUCAGAAACAAGUGUAGCUUACCAGUGGGCGUCGUGUGAGAUAACAGCUGUAGCUAUGUGAAUGGAAUCUCCUCACCAGUUGUGAAUGUCAACCUUGUUUCUAUAACAAACUUAUCUAUUGGAUGACAGUUUGUUCCAAAACUGAGAUUGGUGGUUCUCACUGUGGGAUAAAAUGAUAAUUUCAAACGAAACCUAGGAAUAUACAUGUGUUCUACCAUAGAUCUGAUGCAAAUCCAAUAUAUAAAGCUGUUCGGGAAAGCUGCACACUUGUCAGUCAGCAGAGACGAAGUCCUUGUCCGGCACGGUGGAUGUAUAUUGUGUACUUCUUUGGCUGGAAUGAAUAUUUACCUAUAUUUAUAAUAUUUAUUCAUUUUGUGCCAAUCAUCAAUUAUCUGAAAAACUAAACAAGUGAGAUGGCGGAGUGGAAAUGAAUAUUGCGGGGAUUGAAAGAAAAUUGUCAUCAAAAGACAGAUGUGCUUCAAGGCUGUGAUUGGUUAUCUAAGCAUCUAGUGUCCUAGUUACGCCGUGACACACCAUCCAAUGGAAGGGCUGAUGGCAUAUAUUUCAAACCUGGUCUGACAUUUUAAUUUACAUGCUACAAUUUUUAUUUUAUCUGUGAUUUCUAAUUGUUAUGAUGAUGUACAUUUCAUAUACUUGCAUUUUGUGAUUGAAUUGGCAAACAAGGAAGACAGUGUUACUCUUUAGUACAUGUUCAGGUAGUUAUCGUAUAAACCCUGUUUUAUGCAUACCUGGUAUUUAGAUCUGACCUCUGACCUUUGUGCUAAAAGGGGGAUGAUCUCUGUGUGUGUUUUAAACCUCCCCUAACAGUCGUAAAUGUUAUCACAAAUUCUUAUUUUAGAAGUUUAUCCAAUUUUCCCCCCAUUUUCAUAUAGUUACUCUUAAACAUUUAACCAUGUCAUUUGAAAAUGUUUCUAAGAAUUUUUGAACUUCUCUGUGUACAGAGUAUGAUGUCAGCCCUGUGAAGGGUUCCAACCAUGUAUUUUGUAUCAGGCUCUUAAAAUGUGGACAAAAGAUAAUGCGGAGACAAAUUGUCUUUGUCAUUUGAUUUGCUUUAAAAAUUGUUGAAAUCUUGUAUGAAUACUUAUAACCAUUGUUUAGACACGUUUUUGAAAUAGCUUUAUAAUUUCAUCAUGUGACGACAUUUUUACUGAUGAUGGAAUUUGUUUUUAUGGGGGGUUACCAGGGUAGUUCUUGUUGAAGGAUUCCUUAGUGAUGAAAGCAUUGGUCAGUGUAUCACGAUCUAUCUCUGAUAGAAAACCACGACGUUUUUGAUUGAAACAUUCAUAAAACCAUUAUUAAAAUGUAGUAUAUUGUGAUCAGUGUAUAUCACUGGAAUCCUAAUUAGAACUCAGCUUUAUAAUUCGUCCGACGAUAUAGAUUUUGUUUCCUUUUUGAAAAAUAAAAUUAUGGCCACAUAAGUUAAUUUUCACCUAGCAAUUAUAUGAAAAGUGCAAACUUGAAAGAAUUCAAAAGCCUGAUAAAGAUGGAUGAAAGUGAAGAUUUUAAAAGUCCUUUUUUAUCAAACUUAAAAGAAAUCCAUUUAAUUAACAGAUGUUUUUUUUAAUGUUGACUAAGACUUCUGAAAGAGGUCUUGCUCAUAGUCCAUGCAUAUAUUUUCAAGAGAAGUGUUGUACUACAACUACUUUAUACAUUUUAGAAUACUGCAAGUUACUUGUGUAAUAUCGAUAAAAUGUAUUAAACAGAUGAAGUUAUUGACAAAAUGAUAUAAAAAUGUUGAAAGAUUUUUCAAAAAUUCAAAUAAAUAAUGUAAUGGUAUUACAAUUGUUUCUCAAUUUAGAUAGACUAUUUAAUGAUAUUGGUAAAUAAAUAAAAAGUAUCGAGCUAUAAUGAACCAUUAUCAAUUCAUAAUUGAAGCAAUUUUAAUCAAUGAAUAUUGUUUGAUUAUUUGAUAAUAUUGAUUGAUAAUUACUGAAAAAGAUUAAUCAAUAUCAGUUGAUUAAAUGUUACUGAUUAAAGAUCAAACAUAUUGAUCCGUUAGUGAUUAAUACUUAUUAAUUAUGAAACGGGAUUGGUUAAUAUAUUAGUAAAUCAUGAUUGGUUGAUUUAUUAGCAAGACAUGAUUGGGUAAUUUAUUAGUAAGUCAUGAUUGGUUAAUAUAUUAGUAAAUCAUGAUUGGUUGAUUCAUUAGUAAGUCGUGAUUGGUUGAUUUACAUGUAUCAGUAAGUCAUGAUUGGUUGAUUUAUUAAUAAGUCGUUAUUGGUUGAUUUAUUAGUAAGUCGUGAUUGGUUAAUAUAUUAGUAAGUCAUGAUUGGUUAAUAUAUUAGUAAGUCGUGAUUGGUUGAUUUAUUAGUAAGUCGUGAUUGGUUGAUUUAUUAGUAAGUCGUGAUUGGUUGAUUUAUUAGUAAGUCGUGAUUGGUUUGAUUUAUUAUUAAAUCAUGAUUGGUUAAUAUAUUAGUAAGUCGUGAUUGGUUGAUUUAUUAGUAAGUGAUAUUGCUUAAUGAUCAAACAAGAUAGAUAUGUAUGAAAAGAAUGUAACGGUUACUUAAAAUAAUAUAACUCGUCAGCUGACAGGCCACAAGGCUGUAAUAGCGGACGUAAAACCUGUGAAAUAAAUAAAUAAAACUUAAAAUGUAACAAGAUUAAGAGUAUUGGUGAACAGUUUUAUUAAGAACACAUUUGAAUUUUAUUAUAAUUCCAUCAGCUACAGUUCAUCUACAUGCAAGAUCAAAUACUUGUUGUCAAAUUUAAAUUCAAAUUUGGAAUUUGAAAUUUAAUUUGAAGAACAAUCUUACUUCUGUUUGUAAUGCCAUUAGCUACAAUACAUCACAAGAUCAAUUAUCUUUGGUUAAGUCUUAAGACAAUAAUUUCUAUUGUUAUCCUUAAAACCAUAAUACAACAUUAUUGAAGCAUGAUAUCGAUGUUUGAAAGAAUUUUAGAGUUAAGGAUAUGUCAUUUGAAUGUAUACCCACAGUUAGAAAAUAUAGACUUUAAACUUUCACUAUUUUACUUACAUGUGUAUCAAGGCAUCAGGUCCUUUUUGAAGAUUCUCAGCAUAAGACAUACAUUCUGUUCUCAAAAAAUAAAGAUUAUCUGAAUAAAGGUGUUGAAAUAGCAGAAAGAAAAAAAAAUAAGUUUAUAGUCUUUAGUUGUGUAUUCAUCCUUUCAAAACCAAAGAAAGUCACAGAGCUUAUCUGUUCAACAAAUCAUAUUAUAGACAAUUGCCAAUGGAAGAACGUUUGAUUAUAGCUCUUAGGGCCAGAUGAGGUUAUGGUGUAGUGACUAUGAUUGUCAAUAGUCUGUACUUUGUCCAACAUUUUCUUUUUAAGGCAUUUUUAUUGUAACCAUAUGGUUAAGCAGCAUGAUAAAUGGUUAGUAGAUCCUUUAUAGACUGGCAGUUUGUGAGAAGAAAUGACAAUGACUUAGUUUCAAGGUCAAAUCAGUAACUUCUGUAGAGGAAAAAAAACCUUAAGAAAUGCUAUUUAGUCAUCAGCAUGCAAGUAUAAUUUGUUACAAAGUUCGAAAAGAAACGACCUUGAACAUUUGUGUCACAUUCAAGGUCAAAGACUAUUUAUAAUGAUCCACUGGACUAUUCAUUAACUUUGGAGAAUCUGCAGUUAAUGUCUGGAAGUUAUAAAGCAAUACUAUAUUCAGGAUUGAGUGCUACUUCUCUGGAAAUUUUUCAAAUCAAACGGAAUAAAUACCACUGAAGAGGCAAGUUGUUUCGGCACAUUAAUUGGGACUCUUGCUGUUUUGUUUCUAAGUAUGUUGAAAUUGAAAAGUCACCUCGCCCCAAAACCGAUAUUUCAAAAUGUGUAGAUUUUCUUUUAAGAAAUAUUUGUAGGCUUCUUUUCUUGAACAUGUAAGCUCUGUAAUUUUUAUAGCUUUGAUGCUAGUUUCACCUGUUUUAUAUUUCUUCAACCCUGAAAUCUUUCAAAGUUCCCACAAAGAUUGUUGAUUCUAUUAUAUAUGUAAUACAUGGGAGCAAAUGUUUUUAUCAUUUGGAUGACCAAAUAUGUUAAGUUUGGAUAGAUAUUUUAUAUUUAUGUAUUAUUACUAGUAAAGUGUUGCAUCAGUGAUAUGAUUGUAACAACAAAGUUAACAACCAAUGAAUAUAAAGUUCUUAUUUAUAUAAUUACUAAUAAAUGAAAAUUGAGAUACCAUUUUAUGUAUCGGAUAUUGUAUAUAAACAUUUUGAAAAUGACAUCUCGGGAUUUGAAGUAAAAUAUUUUCAAAAAUCUUUCUUUAUUGAUUAGUGUUUCUUUGACAUUUACAAGCAGCAGUUGUUUUCUUCAGCAAAAAGAAAAUAAGCAACUAAAAACCAAGUUUUAAGAACUAUAUAGCACGGAAACUUAAUUAAGGCAUAGCUGAGUAUUAACAUCCUUAUUAUUAUUCAUAAUGUAGCUAUUCUGAUUUUGUUUUUCAUUUAUAUACAAUAUAAUCAAAAUAAAAACAUUAAACUAAAGAUUUAAAUUGAACUUGUGACUCAAAAUUGUAUUAAACUUCCUACAUUUGGAUCUUGUACUGCAUUUACCUUAAACAAUACAGAAAUUAAUUGAAGUUACAUCAUUAUAAUUGGCCAUUGACGGUAUCUCAUUAGUCUAAAACAUAAUCUGGGAUUUUGGGUUAUUUCACAGUUUGGAUAUGUUCAGUAUGCUUAUUCAGGUCCUAAUUAUAUUUAAGGGCAUGUUUACCUCAUAUUUUGUGAUUUAAUUUUUGUACACAUAUCAGAUUUUGAAGCUUAUCUUCAAUUUAACUGCUUUUGUAUUUAGAGGCACCCUUAAACAAAACUUGAUCUUUCACAAAAAGAGUUUGGCUGAAACUCUUGAUUUCGCUAUACAUGUAAUGAAAAACCAUUUAGGGCAAAUUUUUACAUAUUUUCAUUUAGUGAACAUCUUCCAUCAUUUAUAAAAUUUGACCCGGUUGAUCAUGAAAUGAUUAUACAUGCUUUAUUAAAUGUAUAAAGUAAUGUUGUUUUUCAAGAUACUAUAAUUGUUAAUAUGGUUUUAGCUGAAUGGUAUUGUGCAGUUUUCUCCAUGAUUUCAUAAAUGAAACCCUAUUGGCAUAAAUUGAUUUUUUAUUUGAAAUUUGAUAUUUUUUUUAGAGAAAUAAUUCUGAAAUCAUAAAAUUUCAUGUUUUCAAGGUUUUUUUUCAGCAUAAGUCUUUGUAAAAUACAUGUUUAGCAUAUUCUGUUCUUUCUUGUAAAUGUAUACUCUUCUUGUCUUUAUUGAGAGUCUGCUUGGUGUUAUGGUCACCAAAGGCCUAGGUUGACAUCAAAUUGACCAAUACUUGAAUAAUUUAACAUAAAUAUUUCUCUUGGAAACCUAAAGCCUGUAUGUUCCUGUCACAUGUUCUUUGGUUCUAAAUUAUUGUGAGGAAAAUUGGAUUUGGGUUAGAGUGUUUUUUCUAGCUCUAGUACCUUGUAAAAAUAAUUCAACCUGAAAAAUACAUCGUACAAAGUUUGAAAGAAGAUGCAUAAGAACAUCAUAAAACAUAGACCAUCAUUUUUUGCUUUCAGAAAAAUACUGCUUGUUUGUAAAUUUUGACAAUGGUUAAGAUAAUCCAUAAAUCAGGUAUUUAUCAUCAGUCGUACCUCAGUGGAUUCAGAUUUAUCUGACUAGGUACAUAUUACUGACAAACAUUUAUUUAUCAGUCCUUGGCCUUUCACCACAUGUAUACAUAUAAUUCUCAAUUUCCACACAAUAUAGAAUCAUUGUUGUCUGUAAGGAUUCAACAAAGAACAAUAGUGUUAACAUUUCAUUGCUUCUAAGUAACAGGGUGAGAUGUUUGUAGGUGUUCUGUUACAUCAUCUUUGUGUGAGGUAUUCAAUCUCUCCGAUUCUAGGGUGUAAUUUAUUGUAUACCAGUAUAUGAUAGAUCAACUCACCACUGGACAGUGUGCUGUGUAUACUCGUUACGUAUGUAUGGAACCAUGUGAGUGAUAAAUUGGUAAUGUGUGAAAGAUUUAAACAAGUAUGUAUGACUAAGGGGUUUUUGUAUGUUAUUUAUCUAUGUUGUGUGUCGUGGAAAAGUAUUUUAUACUCAAUGAAUUGAAGGCGUUAGUAGUUGUAAAUAAUAAAGCAUUUUAAUUUUAUGCAUGUGAAAAUAACCAUUUAUACAUGAUAAUUAUUUAUCUACUGCUAAAGGGCAGAUAACUCUUUAUCAGUUCUCCAAGUCGGAUAAAUCUUUAUCAGUUCUUUAUGUGCAGAUAACUCUUAUCAUAUUUUGGAUGAUAGAUAAUUUGUUAUCAGUUAUUUUUUAAGGGAGACAACUUUUAUUUAAUCUCUUAAGUUGUUCUGGUAACGCUUUCUCUACAUCUAAAGCUCUUUUGAUUCUGUUACAGUUGUGUGUGUGCGCAGGCAACCUGCAUGUUUGACCAAGAUGAUGUGUUUAUUUGUUGAGUUUGGUCAAAUUUAAGUUUUGCAGAAUAUCUCUGAAGAUUUUUAAAAUAAUCUUGAUAUUGAGAGAGAUGGUUUAAAUUUUUUGUCAGCUCAUGACAAAGUAUUAUUAUUUAAAUGUUCUGUUUGUUAUGAAGUUAAAUGGGCAGAGUGUAACUAAUUAUCAUUACUUUUUUCACCACAGUAGAAUUUUGCUUUAAAUUUUUUUUUUUUUAUUAUUAUUAUCUUGAAAUCUCAGAUAUCCCAUCUGUCUCACUAAUACACUUCUUAUGUUUAGUUUUUUUUUCGACUUAAAUAUGUUAUGAUUGUAAACAGAAAAUAACAAUGUACAAUUUGUAUUAUUAAAAUAUUGAUGACAUGUGUUUUAAGUUUUAUUUCUUAAAGUUAUUGAGAACAGGUAGGACAUGUUUUUGAACUGCUUGAAACCAGAAUUUUAGGGAAGGCAAAAUGUUAUGAAUUCAAAAAUCUACAGGUAAAUUUAUCUUUAAUUUCAUCAUUCAGAUGUUUAGUUUACCACGGUAACUAAAAGCUUACACUGUAUGACAUUAUGUAAAAAAAAAUUGAAAUUUCUGGAUUGCUCAAAUUAGAAGAAUACAUGCUUGAAAAAUAAAUUAAUUUCAAUUUUGAAAAUCUUAUUUGCAUUUUUUGUUGAAAUAAUACUUUAUGGUAAAUAUAAUAGUUUUGCUGGUCGAGACCUAUCAUAGUGUAUAGCAGAUAUAUAUAAUUAUAUGUAUAUUUCAAUAUUAUGAUGAAAAAUGCUGGAACAUUUAUACCAUUUCUAACAUAUUGAUAUAUUAAGUUAACUUUGUAAUAAUGAAAUAACAUGAUUUUCCUCCUCACUUGUGAAAAAUGUGAAAAAUAUUAGUUAAAUAUUUUUUGUGUCUGCAUUUCCCAAGUCAGCUACAGUGUUAACUGGUAUGAAUUGUGAUGUAAAAACACUACAUACACAAUCACUUCUUGUAUCUGCUACAUAUUUUCUGUUCAAAAUUUUGAGAUGAUCUUGAGAAUAAAUUUUCUAUCAAGCUGGUAUUAUAAUGUGAUACUUAGUUAACACAUAUGAAACUUUUCCUUCUUUUACUGUUUUUCUUUGGCAAGGCAUGUAAAACACUCUAGUCACUUCUCAGUUGUGCACUGUUAAACAUAUUCAUGCUUUCAGCCCAUCUCCAAAGUCAACAGUCACUACUUCAGAUACAAUGUAGAUGGACCACAGUUAGCUCUGCCAUGUAUUUCCAGAUUAUCAAACAAAUAAAACUUAAAUAAUGAAUG